UGGGAAAGCCUUGAUUGAACACAAAGCGAGUAAGAAACGUGGGCAACUGUAGUACACGUUAUUAAGGAAGUAACGUAAAGUAACAGCAAACAAUAAAGAUUUUAGCGAUCUGGAUCAUCAGCAUCUAUUUUAAAACACAGUAUUUUCACUAAAGAUCCUUUGGUUAACAGAUGCAAGGCAGCAAGGAGAUGAAGAGAGAAGUUUGUGCUGCUGUGAACUUCCUGAAACGCUUGGCCUUGGAGCGAGGACAUGUUGAUGAAGAUAAGGCUAAAGUGUUCGCUGCAAAACUGCAGGAGUUAUUGUGUGAGAAGUACCUCAACCAUUGGUACCCAGAAAAUCCUAACAAAGGCCAGGCAUACAGAUGCAUCAGGAUAAACAAUAGCACACCAUGUGAUGACUCUGUGCUACAAGCCUGUGAGAAAAGCAAGCUAAGGCCAUCAGAGCUGGGUCUUCCCCGUGAGAUAACAUUAUGGAUUGACCCACUUGAGGUGUCUGCACGGUCAGGUGAAAAUUGUAGACAUUUCACAGUUGCUCGUUUCAGUGAGGAAGAGAGGAAGCAUGAGCUACAAGAUAAAGAGUCUGACUUGCAUUGUGAAAGCUCAGAUUCUGUGAACGUGGAGACCUCAGACUAUCACUCGGCAACCUCCUCCGAUUGCGGCUCAGAAGACUCCAGUGAUGCAGAGGAGGAGAGUAAGGAAGAAGAGGUGGGGGACAUGAAAGAGAAAGUGAAAGAUGAGGAAAGGGGUGAAAAGCCGUUUGUAAUUGCUAUGAGGCCCAGGGUGAGGGAGCCAAAGCCACAGAAAAUCUCCAUGUCUCAACCUGCAGGACUUCAAUACUUUUACCACCCAACAACAUUGUGGUCUCCGUAUAAGAAGAAGAGGCCUGUGUUGCUCACGACUGUGUGCACUCCCCCACCUGCUCCUGUUCUCGGCUACUACGUUUUCCAGAAACCUAUACCACAAUUCAUAAUGCCUCAUGCCAGUCUGCAACCCUGGGGGGCAGUCAAAGGGUAGAUUGCACUUGGAAAUUAAGUACAAGAUAGUAUGGUACUUUGUUAAGCUUCUUUUCAAUUGAACUGGAUUUAACUCUCACGUUCUGUUUGUUACUCUGCAAUGAAUGUCCCAAUUUAUAUUAGAAAUCAAUAUAGUAGGAAUAACCUAGUUUAAAAUACAGAUUUCUAACAUAAACAAUAUAGAAAUAUGAUACUGAUAAUAUAUGGUAAAUAAAUCGUAAUUCUAAUGCAAUUCUGUAAAGCACAAGGCUCUUUUCAUUUGCUUAUCAAAUUCUGACAAAUCAUUUUGUCUGUUAAUGACUAUAACAUAACUAGAUAUUUAGAAAAAGACAUUCCUAAAUUAAUUGUUCUCAGGUAUGUUAGUCUAUCGCCUUUAUUCUUUGCUUUUACGCAGGUGAAUAGUUGAACCCAAAGAGCUAAGCUGCACUAAAAAUACUGUGACUUUUGUGCAAUACACUACAUUAAUGCUGUAGCUCAGUUCACUUUGACAAAAUAUUUCUCAGGAUACCAAAUAAACUGCAUUAAAAUAGACCACGAUGUAAACGAUUGAUAGAAAUUCUUUUUCGUUGUCAUUGUGUGUAGUUUCUUGCUAAUUUCUGUCACUCACUUCAGAUAUUGCCAUGUGUUGCCCAAAGCAGUAUAUAUUGUGCCAUGCUUAGAACACCAUUGCUGUAUUUUUUUGCUUUUCACAGCAACCUUUUUUAAGAUGUGAUUUUGUACAAUGCAGAACAUUUCUUAGCUUUAUAAGAAAGCCAUGCUUUUAAUAUUUAGAUCAAUAUAUUAGAAAAGAUAUUUUUGCAUUUAAGGAUAACUAAAUACUUCAAUUUACUGUUGUAAAUAUCACAGGACACAGAAAUUGUGAGGUUAUCGUUUUUUUUUUUUGUUUGUUUUUUUUUUACUUUUUCUCAUGUAAUUCUUAUGUGCUUUUUACUGUAACCCUAUUUAUUUCUGUUUAUUUUUCCUUUUACCAUUAAGGCAUGUCAAGUAAUGCAAAGCCUGUAAAUAUUUUUUGCUAUUCAUCAUGUCAUUUUUUUAAUUAAAUAAACAUAUAUAACAUUA